AUGGCCUCCUACGACUCCGACCAUGAACUCGGCGACUCAUAUUAUCACGCGACCACCCAACCAUCCUCAUCCUCCCGCAUCACCCGUCUCUCAAGGCCCCUAAUCGACUCAGUCCGCAACGGCUGGCAAUCUAGUUCAGCCUACCGCUCCCUCUCCUCCUCCCCCGAAAACAAUAAACACCCCGGCUGCGUCGAGAUCGCUCUAUCUAUCAUCGCUGCCCCGCGCUUCCGCCGCUACGUGCUUGUCUACCUCGUUCUGUUCUUACUCGGCUGGGCCGGGUGGGCUAUGAUCUUAUACCCCCGCCUAGAGGAGCGCAGUGCCUUAUUACACGCGCUGGAUCCUGCGUCGAAAGCGGAGGUCGGGGGCUGGUUCGGGAGUAACUCGCUUCCUCGGUUCGAUGGUUUAACUCACAUCCGUACCUUGGAUCCUUCAUUGGUGCCAGUGGCCAGGAUCGAGGGUGAGUCGAGGGGAUCGAGGAGUGAGAAGCGUCUGGUUGUGGUUGGGGAUGUGCAUGGGUGUAAAGAGGAGUUGGAGCAAUUGCUUAAAAAGAUCGAAUUCUCCGUGACAGAUGGAGACCAUCUGAUCCUCACGGGUGAUAUAAUUAACAAGGGGCCCGAUAGUGGUGGAGUUGUGGAUCUUGCUCGCGAGCUUGGAGCCUCGUGUGUGCGUGGCAACCACGAAGACCGCAUCCUGCUCCUCCGACAUGAGAUGAUUACGAUGAAUACACUCCUGGCGGGGGACGAGAAGAAUGUCAAGCUGCACGAGCCCUCGGAGAAGGAAGCCAAGGAACGCGCGCUGGCCCGCUCGUUGAGCGAUGAGCAAGCGCGGUGGCUUGAGGCUUGCCCGGUCAUCUUGAACGUUGGCUCGGUCCAGGGCAUCGGCCAGGUAGUAGUUGUACAUGCCGGUCUGGUCCCGGGCGUGGAGCUUGAAAAGCAGGACCCCUCGACCGUGAUGACGAUGCGAACCAUGGACCUUGACACGCAUGUUCCCAGCGAAAAGACCGAGGGUAUGAGUUGGGCUAAGAUGUUUGAUAAACACCAAUCCAUCCUUCACUCGAGCCUCAAAUCUUCACAUGCAGACCCUCGCUCUCAAACAACGACCGUUAUUUACGGUCACGAUGCCAAGACAGGCCUUAAGAUCCGGACAUAUACCAAGGGUCUUGACUCUGGUUGUGUGAAGGGCGGCAAACUGACUGCUCUGGUCAUUGAAGAUGGCGGCAAGCAAAGCCUCGUGCAAGUGAGCUGCAAGCAAGACUACUCCAAUGAGAGCAAGGAUAAGAAGACGAAGAAGGAGAAGAGGAACAAAAAGGAUAAAAAGGCCGCCAAGGCCAGAAAGGACGAUUAA